UUUGCUGAUCGAGUGCAGGAAUCGAACGAGAGACGAAAGCACGAGACCGCGGGAAAUUCAUCGAGAAAAUCCGAACUUUAACCUAGUACGAUGCGCUUGAAACUACCAGCAAAACCGGAACGAAGCCCGCCAGCAUUCGUUCGACAUCGUCGAUCCACCAAAACGGGCACCAAAAGGGUUUGUGGCCCAGGAUUCACGCUCCCAGCCACUUCAAAAAGAAGAAAAAGGCGAAUAAACUCUGCGCGAAGAAGAAGAUGGCGCCGGAAUCUCGAGUCCCCAACUCGGGCGGCUCAACGCGCGCCCUCUGUCACCGAGGCUUGCUGUAAAAUAAACUCGGUUCUGUGAAGAUUCGCGAGGUAGCUCCGCGAAGAUUUCCCAUUUUCAGACUGUAAACCGUCCGCUCGACCCUCGAAAACGUUACCGUCGUGGACGGUAACACGGGCAGCUCGAGGUGUUUCGGGGGUUGUUUUGGUAUGGAGCAUGUUUGCGCACUCUGAGGACUCCGUUGCGGCACGAUAGUAACGCUUGCAAGCGCCGAACCGGGCGCCACCGGUGAUCAUCGAAAGCAAUACAGUCGACUCGUACCGGAUUUGCGAUGAAUGGUACGAUCGAGAACAAUGUUGUGGCGAGUGCGGCCGGAGCAACAACACCCGGGAACAGCGCUAGUGGCCAGCAGCAGAAGGUUGCGCGUAACUUUAAGCUGCUGGCCGAUCCGUUCUUGCACAAGGGCGCACCGAAGGUAUACCGUUACGAUGGCGUCGUUCCCGGUGACCCCAGCCAUCCGCCCGUAAUUCCCCGUGAUCCGAGAAAUCCUCUCGCCCGGAUCCGGUCCCGGGUGGAACCGCUCGAUAUUCCGGUGCCAAGGUUUAAGAUCGAUCAGCACUACAUCGGAGAACCGCCGGCCAUCGAGAUAACGAUAACGAACCUGAACGACAACAUCGAUAAACCGUUCCUCUCGGACAUAGUGGCCAAGUGCGGCAGCUACACGGAGCUGUACAUUUACUAUCACCCGGCCACGAACAAGCACCUCGGUCUGGCACGGAUCGUCUUCGAGCAGGUUCGUUCGGCCCGGCUAUGCGUCGAGCAGCUAAACGGUCGAUCGGUCAUGGGCAAGGUGCUGAACGUGUUCAAAGAUCCGUUCGGUGAGCACUGCAAGCGCUUGCUGGAAGAGAAAACCUCCGAAAAGAAGCCAGCACCACCGCCACCGACGCCGGUUGCAGCGACGGCCUCGUCCAAAAGCUCCGCUGUACCUCCGGUAGGAUACCGAGGUCCGAAACCACCUCCCCCGGAACCGGAUCCAUGGGAGAAGAAGUCGGGCGCUGUACCGUUCGGCGAUGAUACGGAUUUGUGGGAUGCGGGCGAACUGUCCGGCAGUGCUAGCAACAGCCAAGAUUCGAGCUACUACAGCAAGGAGAAGAGUGCUAGCCGUGGUCACUACGAUGAUUGGGAGGAUUCGGACGCUCGGAGUCGCGACGCCAAGUAUCUGGAUGAGAAAGAUCGUAAGCAUCAGCAUCCGCCUCAUCAUCAUCACCGGGAGCGCGAACGAUAUCGAGAACGUGACCGUGACAGGGAUCGUGAGCGAGAUCGUGAUCGUGAACGGGAACGCGACCGUGAUUGGGACCGCAAUCGUGACAGGCAUAGAGAACGUGAUCGAACGCGAGAUCGGGAUCGUGACCGUGACCGUGACCGCGACCGCGACCGGGACCGGGAUCGCGACCGGGAAAGGGACCGUGUGCGUGAUCGUGAGUAUCGUGAUCGCGAGUGGGAUUCGAAGAAGCGCGGCAAAAGCAGUUAUCGUGAUGAUUGGUAUGGCGCUAGCGAUGGUGUUGGUGGUGAAGGAUACGCGAGCAGUAGCGCUACCGGUCGGUAUGAGGCCCCCGGAGGUUACGGAUACGAGUAUCCACCAUCGGCGUACCCGGGCGCGAGUUCGGAUUACGGAAUGUACGGAUACCCACCGACGGAUGCAGCUAGUUCGUCGGCUUUCGCUGGAGCCUCCAAGUGGGCUCCUACGCCAAAGCCGCCUUCGGGACAACCACCGCCGCCACCGCCGCCAGAAGAUCAUUGGGAUGGUGCAGCAAAACCACCCGCACCGCCCUCUGUACCUCCUUCGAAGUCCUUCAUCGAUGAUAAUGACUUGUGGGAUGCAGAUGGUAUGGCCGCCAGCACACCAGUGCCACCAAAACCGGCCCCUUUGUUACAGGGAAUAGUACCUACAGCACCACUACCACCAUCAGGAGCAGGAGUUACAGCUACACCAGCAGCCACAUCUGGGGCAAGAACUCCUCCUUCCCCUACGGCUUCGGAGACGAGACCGAAGGUACCUACUGCUGGUGCCGACGAAGACAGUGGUUCCACGCUGGAUCUGGACACGCGGAUAGCGAUGCUGUUUAAGGAGAAAACGUUCGGGGCCGCCUCAUUCCUGCAGCUCAGUGACGACGAAGAGCAGGAAGAACGAAAACCGGACGUGGUGAAGCAGGAACCACUGGAACCAUCGAAUGCGCAUAAUCGGCCACCAAGUCCACCACCGCCCGUUAUCGCUUCCGUCAAGGAGGAGAUCGUGAAGCCUCCUCCCCCUCCGGAAACUCCAGAAUCCGCACCGCCACCGCCACCACCACCGAAAGCACUGAAGACGGAGGACCUCAAGGAGGAAGGUGCGAGUGACAUAUCCUCCAGUGACGAUGAGAUCUUGGCCAAGGAUGAAGAUGAUUCGCUUGCCGCGGCGAGCACAAUCAAGACGGAACCACUGGCCAAAGCGACACCACCCGCUGGUCUGAUGUCGGAGGAUUCCAAAAGCGGCAGUAUACUGCCACCGAUCCCCGGUAUCUUGCCAGCUCAACCGCCCCUUCCGUUACCUCCGCUACCCAGUGAACCGGCUCCACCAACGCCACCGCCACCGGAACCACUAGAACCACCGCCUCCACCACCGCCAGCUGGUAGCAGCAGCAGCAGCAGCUUUUCCUAUUUGUACCCCACCACCUACUACAGCUACCCGCAACAGCAUGGCCACGGUACAGCGGGUGCGUAUCAGCAUGGAACCGGGUAUCCGGCUGGUUUCCCGACGGCACCCCUGUUCGGUGCACCGUACGGUGCCAUGUACUACCCGGCAUCGGCUGUCGCUCCGGGAACCGCUGCCCUACCGUACGGCGUCGAUGGUACAGAUCCUUCCUCGUACGCAGGGCUGCACGAUGCUGGUGGAAGCCGCCAGGGAAAGGAUCGGUCGCGUGGUACAAAGCGCAGCCGGCACGAGAUCGUGAUCGAUGCCGUGAUCGAGCGUGUGGUGGCCGAGUUGAAGCAAAUUCUCAAGAAAGAUUUCAACAAAAAGAUGAUCGAAAAUACGGCCUACAAGAAGUACGAAGCUUGGUGGGACGAGGAGGAACGAAGGCACAAGGGUGAUGGCAAGAGUACGACAUUGCUUGGGCUUGGGCUUGGACUCGGCGAAGGCAGCGCUACCAGUGGUUCCGCUAGUGGGACAGCAACGAUCGGGGGAAGCAUGGCCAGUAGUAGCAGUGGAACCGUGGGGACGAUAGGAGGACUGGCGGCAAGCAAAGCGCCGGAUAUUAAUCAGCUGCUUAACCAAACGUACGAUGCGCUGGAUAGUGCCGGUGGUGGUUUCGUCGGUCUUGGGCUUCGAGCGACCAUCCCGAAGAUGCCGUCCUUCCGGCGAAUCCGCAAACCACCCAGUCCCGUUCCGCAGGAUGAGGAUUCACGCAAGAGCGAUCAGGAGGAUAUGGUGCGUGGAUCGGAUUCGGAGGAAAAGGAAAGCUCCCUGUCGGCGGCACCGGCAUCGGUUGGGGGAGCAGUACCGAGCAGUACCGCUACGCAAGCAUCAUCUUCCUCUUCCUCCGCGGCUACUCCUGUCCGGACCGGUGCAUCGUCGAGCGCUGACGUGCGCCCCGAGAUAGUACGUCGUAUGCCGAGCGUUUCAUCGUUUACCUCCAGCAGCGAGGAAGAAUCGAGUGGCAGCGAUUCGGAGGAUAGUCUCGAAUCGGGAUCACUCUCCGAGGUGGAUGUAGGUGUUGGGGGGUACGCUGCGAAACGGCAACGGCGCGAUCAUCGUGACAAUCGCAUUUACUCCGAUACCGAUAGCGACGAAGCACCGCGCCUUGGUGGAUCGCACCGGUCAUCGGGUGGCAACAACCUUCUUCGAACGAAACAACCUACCAGCGGUGCCGCCGGAGCGUUCAGCAAGGUAGCAGGAAAGAUCUAUUCCGAUUCCGAUUCGGACGAGGAAGUCAUCAGUAGGAGAGGACCACCGAGAAAGGAAGUGUUGCCAUCGGUUUCGACGGAGAAGCGCCGAAGCCGCUCACCGGACGCUUCUCAAUUACCGCAGCUAUCGCUCCACGAGCUGCAUGAGGAUCUUUCACCGAGCUCCGAGGGUGAUGAGCUGUUGCUAAUGGAGGACGGUGAACUCGAGAAACCACCACGUACCCCGGGUCGUGAGUCGCCAGCAAAGAAAGCGUUGGAUCAAGACAAUGCUGCUGCUGCUGCUGCUGCUACUGCUGUUACCGGUGGCGCUACCGAUGGCUCUGCUGCAUCGGCGACUGCGGCCAGCAACAGUAGCAAUAAUGGUGAUGCUAGUGGUGAUCCGCAGCAGCACGGAUCAUCAUCGGCCUACCGGAUGUCCGAUCGUAUCUACAGUGAUUCGGAUGAGGAGCGCGAGUAUCAGGAGAAGCGUCGCCGAAAAGCCGAGUACCUGCAGCAGAUCGAGCAAGAGUUCCAGGAGGAGCUGGUGCGUAUGGCCGAGCAGAAAGCGCAACGGAUGGCCGAGAGGACGACCAAACCUGCGCUCUCACCGGUCGACAUCUCUUCCAAGAAGACGCUUGCCGGCAGCAAAAUGUCUAGUCUCGAUGAUCCGGUUACACCGAGCUUGUCGCAACCACCGCCCACACCCGGUGCCAACCUUGGGCUGGGUGGUGAUACUCAGCGCAAAGAUGAUCCGCUGGCAUCGCUCUUCCCUGGACUGGCCGGUGAUGGAAUGGCGCCCACGAAUCUCCCGGAAGCAUCGGCGUCUUCAUCGAAACGAAAGAAAGGAUCGGGCAGUGCGAAAGCCGGGGCGCGAGGACGCAAGAACGUGGCCAAGGAACCGCAGAACGGAUCGGGUUCGGGCAGUGGCAGCAGCUUGAUGCACUCACCAUUGGCUGCAACGCCACCCAGGCAAGUGGCCACAGCAGUGACAUCAAUGGCCUCUACCGAAGGACUGCUGUUCACCGAUCCACGAUCUGUCAGUGGUGCCGGCGUUGCGGGCUCAUCGUCGGACGAGUUCUUCCGCGCAACCAAAGCAUCUCCGGCAUCGUCCGAUGGUGGAUCGAGCCAAGCAAGCCAGGUCGCCCUGGACCAUUGUUACUCACUGCCACCAUCCGCUUCACCGUCUUCUUCCUCACCGCAUCCACAGUCCGAUUCCUCAACCGUGGUUGAACGGGCUGAACCAUCACGUCAAAACAAUAACAAGUACGCACCUUCCUCGGAGAAUGUCCGGCACACGCUGGCCCACGAUCAUGGUUACACGAACAGUAACGAGGCUGGUGCGGCGGCGGCGGCGGCCGGUGGUGUCCCACAGCCUGCUACUGCUACUACGGUUAUUGCCGAUCCACACUCAUCAUCGAUGGCUCCACAGCAACCAUCGCAGUCGGCGUCGACGGUGCCGACUAAGGUUUCCACGGUGACACAACCCCAAGGAUCAGAGACGAUGACGAAACCAUCACCACUGCCUGCUGGUGCUGCUGCUGCUGCUGCUGCUACUACUACUGCUACUAAGCACAGGAAACGCUCGGAUAGUUCCGGUUUCCAUCAACUGGUACCCGCAGACGCCGCCCCCUUCAUUCCAUCGAUCGCGGAGCAGCAGUUUGUGCCGAUUCCCAAGUACAGGCCGCGUGAUCUGCGCGGUGAAAUGAUGGUGCUGUACGAUUUCCUGACGCGUGGUAUCGACACCGAAGACACACAGUACAUCCGCCAAAGCUACGAUCUGCUGCUGAUGGACGAUGCGAACAAUUACUGGCUAAAUGCGACGCACUGGGUGGACCAUUGUGCGACGGAUCGCAGCUUCGAGCCGGCCCUCCAUCAGGCACUCGGUGGUCCUUCGGCGGCCAAACGACGUAAAAAGGAUAAAUUCAUCGAUCGGUCACUGGCCGAUAUCAAGCUGCAUCGGACGGGGUGCGCGCGCACUGAGGGCUACUAUAAGAUUGAUGCGCUCGAGAAGGCCAAGUACAAGUAUCAUCAUCUGAAGGGCAUGACGACGACGGCGGCAGGCACUAGCAGUGGUGCGGCCGCUAACCUAGAGCUGGCGAAGGCGGUCGCCAAGAUGCAGGGUAUAUCGCGCGAGGCCCGCUCCAACCAGCGCCGGCUGCUGAAUGCGUUCGGUGCCAGCACCGAGUCCGAGUUGCUCAAGUUCAACCAGCUAAAGUUCCGCAAGAAGCAGCUCAAGUUCGCCAAAUCGGCCAUCCACGAUUGGGGCCUGUUCGCAAUGGAACCGAUCGCGGCGGACGAGAUGGUGAUCGAGUACGUCGGACAGAUGGUACGCCCAUCGGUGGCUGAUCUGCGCGAAACCAAGUAUGAAGCGAUCGGUAUCGGCAGCUCGUAUCUGUUCCGUAUCGACAUGGAAACCAUUAUCGAUGCGACCAAGUGCGGCAAUCUGGCACGAUUUAUCAACCACAGCUGCAACCCCAAUUGCUAUGCGAAGAUCAUCACGAUCGAGUCGGAAAAGAAGAUCGUCAUCUAUUCGAAGCAACCGAUCGGUGUGAACGAGGAGAUCACCUACGAUUACAAGUUCCCGCUGGAGGAAGAGAAGAUUCGCUGCUUGUGCGGUGCACCUGGGUGUCGCGGAACGCUCAACUAAACCCCGGACCCGGAUCCACCAACUCGACGACCUUUCUCAAAAGAUGGAUGGCGCAUGGACGCGCUAUUUGUAUAUAUUGUAAAUGUAGCGUUUAAGUAGAAUACUUUCUUUCUCCCUAUCCUCUGGUUUUCUCGAUUGUGGUCGUCUCAUUAUCUCGUGUUAGUGUGUGCAUGUGUGUCCACCGUCCCAAUUUCGGUACCGAUUAGCGCUAGACAUCUUGUUCCAUUCUUGUCCUCGCCCCUCGUCGUCAGUUUUUAAUCAGUUAAGUUACGUUGAGUGACCCGUACAUCGUCGCUGCUGGUCCUCUGUUUCGCUCCACAUCCCAAUAUCAGGUAUACUGGAUCAGGCCCUACGUUUAGCUUUACGUGUUGCCAUACGAAUAUGGUCGCCAUAGCUCAUCAUUGCUUUGGGACGGAACAGGCACAGACAGAUGCACGACGUUAGGAGGGGGAGAAGAAGAGAAAAGGUGUUAAACUAUGGCAUACUGAGAAACAAAGGAGAUUAAAUCUUUGCACGAGAAAGCGCAUGAAGAACACGACUACACGGCUAAGUUUAGCGAAAUAUUACAAUUCUUAUUAAAGGAAAUGUGAACAAAGGCAAAAGUAAAGAAUGA